CGCUCCGCGGUGUGGCCGUCCGCCCUUCCUCGGCUCCGGCUCCGCUGUGUUGCCCGGGAUGGGGUACGGGGGCCGUUGUGGCUGCUGGUCGAGCAGCCGCCCGCUCUGAGGCCGGGCCGGGCUGGGGCCGGGGGAGCCAUCGCGCCGUCCCCUGAGCCGCCCGGCCCGGGCGCCGAGAGGCAGCGGCACCAGGAGCGCACCGCACGGCCGGGAACAAGCGGGCGGCUUGGUGCCUGGGCCAGAGCCCCCUAUGCUGUACCCCCCUGAUGCUGGCCAGUCUGUGCCCAGAAGAUGAGCAGAUUGCUGGUGGGGGUGACCUUGGAGAGGAUCUGCAAGGCUGUGCUGCUCCUGUGUCUCCUGCAUUUCCUCAUCAUCAUGAUCCUCUACUUUGAUGUCUAUGCCCAGCGCCUGGACUUUUUUAGUCGCUUCAAUGUGCGCAAUGCCUCCCGCACUCUGCCCUAUGUCAAUGUCUCUCGGCCUAACAGCACUGCCGGGCCUCUGGGCCCUGAGCUCCCAGCACCCAGUGCCAAGUCUGUCGGCAGCAACAGCACCGUCACCGAGAAGCCCUUACCACCCUGUCCAGAGAUGCCUCCUGGCUUAGUGGGCCGGCUCCUGAUUGAGUUUAGCUCUCCCAUGAGCAUGGAGCGGGUGCAGCGGGAGAACCCAGAUGUGCAGGAGGGUGGCAAAUACUCACCCCUAGACUGUGUGCCUCGCCAGAAGGUGGCCAUCCUCAUCCCCUUCCGACACCGUGAACACCACCUCAAGUACUGGCUGCACUACUUGCAUCCCAUUCUUCGGCGGCAGAAAGUGUCCUAUGGCAUCUACAUCAUUAACCAGUUUGGUGAAGAUACAUUCAACCGAGCCAAACUGUUGAACGUAGGCUUCUUGGAGGCCCUGCGGGAUGAUGAGAGCUAUGAUUGCUUCAUCUUCAGUGAUGUUGAUCUUGUGCCCAUGGAUGACCGGAAUCUCUACCGGUGUUAUGAUCAGCCUCGGCACUUUGCUGUUGCCAUGGAUAAGUUUGGUUUCCGGCUGCCGUAUUCGGGCUACUUUGGAGGAGUCUCUGGCCUCAGCAAGACACAAUUUUUGAAGAUCAAUGGCUUCCCUAAUGAGUACUGGGGCUGGGGUGGAGAAGAUGAUGACAUCUUUAACCGGAUCUCGCUUAAUGGCAUGAAAGUGUCACGUCCUGAUGCCCGCAUUGGGCGCUAUCGCAUGAUCAAGCAUGAGCGUGACCGGCACAAUGAGCCCAAUCCCCAGCGGUUCACCAAGAUCCAGAAUACCAAGGUGACCAUGAAGCGUGAUGGCAUCGGCUCACUGCAAUACCGCCUGGUGGAGGUGUCUAGCCGUCCCAUGUACACCAAUGUAACUGUGGAGAUUGGGCACCCACCACCACGCCCCCCUCGGGGUUGACUCUUUGCUGCCUGGCCCUGCCCAUGGCCCCAUGCAUGAGGAGCUGUGUGGAUCCCAGCCCUGACUGGUUCAGAGGUCUGUGUCCUGGCUGGUAGGACAUGCCUGCCUCCUUCGCGGGGAUGGGGAAAGGCCCACACUACACCUUUGCCUUGCCCCAGCCUUUGGCUAAAGACUAUCUUUCCUCUCACUAGUCAGUUCUCCACAGUGCCCUUCAGCAGUUGGGAAUGAAUUUGAGUGUUUUAUGCUGCCUGACUCGGUGCCGGGAGCUGCAGACACAGUCAGGCCCCAUUUGCGCUUGAUGGUGCCAAGAGCAGAGGAAGCCUGGAGCAGGUCCUUGACCCUCCCUAUGCCUCAACCAGAGCUCAGCCUUUCCCUGAACUCUUGCAGGGUAGCCUCUCUUGCGGAUUCCAGAAGUACCAUGGCCAUUUUUUUCUUCUUGCAGCCUGCAAGACUACUGCCUUUUGAGUGUUCCUUCCAGGGCAUUGGUCUUCUCUGAUUCCAACUGCCGGCUGACAAGGUUUAAAGGUGGUUCACAUGCCCAGUUGGGGAGAGAUCCAGUGAAGCUGAAGCUCUCAUGGGUCUGGCCACUGCCCACCCCCAAUCAUGGCUUGGUGCUGUCCCCUUGCUGGGCCCGGGGUGUCUCUUCUGGCUCCAGUAACACAGGGGUGUUUUAUAUAAAACCCUCAUUAGAAUACUCGAGUGCUUCCUGGGUUAGUGUGGCAUGUAGGCUGUCUGGUGGCAGCAGGGCAGCAGGCACUUCCUCCGAGCAGCAUUUGCUUCCCUGCUUGUGAAAGGGACAGGUUCAUUGGGUGGUGAUGUUCACCUCUCAGUGAGGGUAAAUUGAGAAUAGUGUGGUUUGGCCUAUUCCAGCAUGGGCUUGCUGUUCAUUUUCAUGGAUAUUAAAGGACCACUGGCCAUCGCUACAAAACGGAGGAAGACCAAGCUGGCUUCUGCUUGUUUGCCCUGAUCCACUGCUCUAUCCCACCCAUUCUGCCCUCACUAAGAAAUCCUACCCUUUCUACACUAUCUGCCAGGCAGUUGUGCCCUCUACCAGUCAUAGUGCCCUCCUUCUCAAGCUGCCAUUUCCUACUUCAGGCUGGGCCCUUGGAUCUGGCAGUUGGCUCAUGACUCAUAGCGGCUCUCCACCUAGUAUGAAGCUAGGAAGCUGCUGGCAUCUCUCAUUUCUGGUUAUGGUGCCUGGCAGGUAGAAUCUCCUGCAUCUGCCCACUUUGGGGUGGCAACUGGGCCAGGCUCAAAGCCCGGCAACAGCACAUUGCACAGCCCGGGUGUUGGUGACUUUUGUAUAUUUGAAUGUUUUGAUCCCUUUUCAAGCCUAUGGUGAAUGCAACACUGGUCACUAUGAUCAGACUUUUAUAUUCAAUAAAAUUUCAAAACUUGGA